AUGACCGUUAAAUACAAUAGUGACAUGUCUGAAAUAAACACAGGCACAGUGACAAGUGGUCGGUGCGCGGGUGAUGUGCUGUUCAUAUCUAAAGUAUAUGUGACCGAUGAUCAGGACGGGUGCGCCAAUAGUAAAGGGGUGGACAGUCUAACCGCCCGCUAUUACUUCGUCCAUUUAACCGGACCUAAAUGUGGCACAAAUACCUGUACACUGGAAUCAGCAAGAUUUACAAUUAACCCGCCCUUUUUAUAUGUAUUCUCAAUGUUUGUAAUUAUGAUAAAUGCUGUGCCAAUUGACCAGCAUUCAAAUCAACCUGGAUUUAAUGGCACAAAAUGGGUGGUAUUGGUUGCCGGAGCUGAUGGUUGGCCUAACUAUGCCAGCCAGUCAAGUGUAUACCAUGCAUAUCAAUUUUUUCACGCCAAUGGUAUACCUGAUGAAAACAUCAUAGUAUUUCACCCUAAUGAUAUUGCUCACAACAUGGCUAACCCAACCCCUGGUAUUGUCAUUGAUCAUCCAAACGGUACAGAUGUAUACCAUGGAGUUCCCCUGGAUUAUACUGGUUUUUAUGAUAGAGCUAUGAUGUUUAAAUCUGUGUUGAAUGGAAGCAAUGAUUUAAUGAAUGAUGGUAGAAAAGUGCUAAAUAGCGGUCCUAAUGAUCAUGUGUUUAUUUAUUUCAUUGGCCAUGGUGGUCCAGAUUUAAUCUUAUUCCAAGAAGGUGAUGAUUACUUGUAUGGUGAUGAUUUGAUCAAGCUGCUUAAAGUGAUGCACCAAAACAAACGCUACGGGAAACUAGUGUUUUAUUUAGAGUCAUGCGAUUCUGGAUCAAUGUUUAAAGACCAAUUGCCCGCCGAUAUUAACGUAUACGCUAUCACAUCAUCAAUGUGGAAUCAAAACAGUGCCAUGAUGUAUUAUGAUAAACGUUAUAAAACAAUGAUAGGUAGUUUUUUCGCUCACUACUGGCUAUUAAACAGCGAGCAGGCUGAUUUAAACAACGAGACUCUGCAACAGCAGUUUGAUUAUAUAUACAAAUGGACAAACACACCUGGUCAGGUAGAUGUAGACAAUAAAACCCAACAGGCACAGCAAUAUGGUGAUAUAUCCAUCGCAAAAUUACCAGUAUCCGAUUUUACAGGUUCGCAUAAAAGUGACAAACAUUUAUACAAUAAUAUUAAAUUUGAUAUAAAUGAUUAUGAGUUGGUGGCUCAUAGAGAUGUGCCAGUAUUUACUGAAGAAUUGGAGAGUUUAUUGAGAGGCAGACAAUAUGUGGACAAACAUAUGACUGAAUACGUGAAUAGUAUUCAACACUUACUGACAGUCGAUAGCAAUGCUAUUCUAAACACUAAACAAGAGCUCAAUAAUAGACAGUGUUAUCAACAACUUGUCGAUAAUUAUCAUCAAAACUGUUUUAAUUUGAAUCAAAAUCCAUACGUUUUGGGAAAACUGUAUAUAUUUGUGAAUAUAUGCGAAGAAAUGCGUGAAUCGAGUGAUGCGGACAUCAAUGCUGUCAACCAAUUGCUGAUACAAUACUGUCAACAAAAUGUUAAUAACAAAUACUCACAGAUUAUUGAAUAA